AACCCGGAAGCCGACCCAGACGCGCGUACCUUUGCGUAAGUUUCUUCCCUCAUCCCAGAACGAUCAAAGCUUCGAGUCGAAGACCUAAACGCUAGCCCCUAGAGUCCGGGCGGCGGUCGUCGAUCGAAGGGGAAUCCGCGCUCGCAGUGGGCUGUCGCCGAUCAGCGAUCGCCGGUCGACGGUAUCCACUCGUCAAGAUGAGUCGUCAUCCUGAAGUGAAGUGGGCACAAAGGGUCGACAAGGUUUACAUCACUAUACAGUUGCCUGAUGCAAAAGAUGCGAAGGUUAAUCUGGAACCUGACGGCAUUUUCACUUUUUCUGCAACUGCUGGAGCUGAAAAAAACUUGUAUGAGUUGAAAAUGGACCUUUAUGAUAAAGUAAAUGUAGAGGGAAGCAAAAUUAACACAGGUGUGCGUUCUAUCUUCUGCGUGGUAGAAAAAGUGGAGAAAGGAUGGUGGAAGAAGCUAUUACGUGGUGAUGAGAAAACUCCUCACUAUGUGAAAGUAGAUUGGGAUAAGUGGGUGGAUGAAGAUGAUGAUGGUCCUGGUGAAUUGGACCUGGGAGGGAUGGAUUUCUCGAAUUUUGGUGGUAUGGGGGGUGAUGGUAUGGAUGAUGACCUUGAUGACAGCGAUGAUGAAGAAGAGGAAGCAGAAAAGACUGAUAAUGCCAAAAAGGUUAGAGAUGUGCAGCAGACUGAAGAAGCCUCUUCAGAGGCCAAAAUGGAAGCAGCUCCAAGCACAUGAAAGAGUCCUUCAGCCAAAAAAUCACUUCCAUGGUUCUAAUGUGUUGCUGAACGAGGCUAGCUGAUCAUGGUUUGUGUUCAUUACUGUAUUGAUUGCUUGCUUGUAUCUGCUGAUAUUGAACUGUAGUUCGUGUGGAGUUUAUCAUCUAUAUUUAUAGGCAGUGGAACCAGUUUCAUUCGGCUGGCAGAAUGUGUUUGAGAUCAAGGUUCCAUGGAUGGUCUUAAAGCAUACAUUAGAAUGUCAGUAAUUAUUAAACUACAGUUGGAUUUUGGGUUUCUU